GUGAACAUGAUAUUUAAUAUACUUUCCAUUUGUUUUGAUUAAGUCUUAUUAUAUUAUACAAUGCAAACUUUCAUAAGCGGUCUUUGCUUAGCGUACAUCAUCACAUUUAGUACCGGGAAGAAAUUAUCAACAAAAAGAGAUGAGUUAAUCUUUAUAAAAAAUCCUGUUGAGGCAGAAAUGCCAGGUCAUUGGAUGCCUGCCAGUAUCGUGAAAAAAAUACUAGAAAGAGAUAAGAAACCAAUAAAAUUGGGUCGUCUAGUAACUAAACCGACAGCCACUACACCUAAACCGAGGAGAACUACGCCGAAACCAACAACGACAACAACAACGAAACCGACAACAUUCACCCCUAAAUUGACGACAACAACACCAACAAUCACAACAGCGAAAACCACCACACCAACAACCACUACUUCGACUACAACACCCACAACUACAACACCAACGACUACAACACCAACGCCUACAACACCAACGACUACGACACCAACGACUACAACACCAACGACUACAACACCAACAACUACAACACCAACGACUACAACACCAACGACUACAACACCAACGACUACAACACGAACGACUACAACACCAACGACUACAACACCAACGACUACAACACCAACGACUACAACACCAACGACUACAACACGAACGACUACAACACCAACUACUACAACACCAGCGACUACAACACCAACUACUACAACACCAGCGACUACAACACCAACGACUACAACACCAACUACCACAACACCAACGACCACAACACCAACGACCACAACACCAACGACCACAACACCAACUACCACAACACCAACGACCACAACACCAACGACCACAACACCAACGACCACAACACCAACGACCACAACACCAACGACCACAACACCAACGACCACAACACCAACUACCACAACACCAACGACCACAACACCAACUACCACAACACCAACUACCACAACACCAACGACCACAACACCAACGACCACAACACCAACGACCACAACACCAACGACUACCACGCCUAAACCAACAACAACACCUAAGCCGGCAACGACUACGCGAAAAAAAGGCCCAAAAAUAAAGAAGGGCCGUCUUGAGCCAAAACGUGAAACGAAUAAAUAAUAAUAAUAAUAAAAUA